UUAAAGGUGAGCGAUGACAGAAAAACUGUUUUGGGGGAACUAUGAAAUUAAUUAUAAAAUGUUCUUAUUUUUACUUAUGUUUACUUAUGUUCUUAUUUUUACCAGCUUCUGCAAGCGUGUAUGGUGUCUGGCUUUGGAACCUCACUGUGACUUCAGAGUGCUGUACAGUGACGACAGACAAGAGGAUAAGAAUGGACACUCAUAUGUCAAGCUUGAUGGGGAUAUUGUCAAAAGUGGGUUUAUCCCAUCGAGUACACUGUGGUCCUCGGUCACACCGGCAUCACUCCAGUCCUCGGUUACUCUGGCUCCACCAACGAUGCUCGUCGCUGCGGCUGUGCCCAGGUCUCUGGAACCUGCGAUGACGCUUAGCUCCAUUGGCCCUCCGUCUGUGCCUUCGGGUCCACCAGCUCUGUCUCCAUUGGUCGGCCCCCAGAUGUCGGCAGCCACACCAUCUACAUCUUGGCUCCUUGCUCCCUCGACUCCGCCGUGUGUUGUCAGCACUGGGAUGUUCUGGGUCUGUGCCAUGUGCCAAGCAUCUAAGCCGCCAGGGCAUCAUCGUCAUCCUCCCAUCACCAUCCCUUCGCCACAUCCUGCCAUCAUCCCCGCAGCCAUCUCCUCGUCCACCUCCAAAACCCCCUCCAUCUAA